UUUUUGAGCAACUGUCCAUUUUUUCCCGAACGGUGACAGGAAAAAAGCCACGAGUUGCAAAGCGAGAGCAACCAGGAUCCAUUUGAUCAUCCAUUGUUUAAAGUGUUAUCGGUCGAGGUUUGGAGGCUGUAAUCUUUCUUCAGAAAUGAGCGGACUGAGAUUGCCGUUAUUCUUUGGACUUAUGUUUUUGAUAGUCAGAGCUGGACAUUGUAAAGAGAGGACAGAUCUCAUGAAGUUGCGGGACGACAAAACUCUCUUUAACUUGAUACUGGAAAUCAUAAAUCAAUUACAGAAACACCGCGAGGAGGAAGCCAAUGAAGUUAUGUAUCUCCCACAUCAAGUCGACCAUGUAUUUGAUCCUCAGGAGUUACCUGACUAUGAUUUAACUCACAAGGAGAAAGUUGAAAUAGUACCCAGAGAUCUCAGGAUGAUGAAGGACAAGUUGCUAAAACACUUAACAGGACCUCUUUACUUCAGCCCCAAGUGCAACAAACACUUCCGCCGGUUGUACCACAAUACCAGGGAUUGCAACAUACCAUCGUAUUUUGCAAGAUGUGCCAGGCUUCUCACUAGAUUGGCGGCCAGCCCGUUGUGUGCAAAAGGAUAAAUGGUGACAACAAUAAAUUCAAAUAUCCCCAGAACCAAGAAAAGUGCCUUGGAAAACAACAGGGAAAAAUAGAUCUCAAUACCUUUAUAACAUAUUCCAUUGUGAACAAAGAUUUAUUUUUGCAAACUGAUUACUUCCAUGAACUCCUCAAUGUGCAUUUUGUAUGUUGUCAACAUUGUCUCUGUAAUUCUGUACAUUCAUAUAAAUAAUUUCCAAUGUUACAAAAGCUUGUUUAAGAAAAUAAUAUCAUUUCAAUGUUUUGCUGCCAAAACUGCACAUAUGCAUUCUUGUUCAAUAAGUAAUAUUUGGAACAUUAUUUGUAUUAAACAUUGAGACACUCAGAUACUGUUCAAGACAAAGCUAAUGUAUCCUAAAUUUACUGUAGGAUUUUCCAUGCUGAAGAGUGCUGGCUAUCUCUACUUUGUUAUACAUAAUGCUAAUGCAUUUAAAUCCAUUUGCCUCAUCGUAAAUACAAUAAAAUGUUACUAUGGGAAUGAUUAGGAUCCCCGUGUGUUCGAAGAGUUAAAUUAUGAUUUGCAUGACAUUUUUCUUGCCUUUCUCUUUCCAAAUUUUAAUAUUUUAAACCAACACAGUCUGGCUUGUACUGUGUUUAAGAUUUACAUUCUCUGAACUAAAGAAAAAGAGGUUGUCAGCAGUUAUCUUUUGUCUAACAGUGGAGUGUCAUUUAUACAGAAAUAUACAAGCUAAUGUCAUGAGUCACUGUACAUAAGGUUUAUAAACA